AUGGAUCCCCUGGCAGUCCGCGAGAUCUCUUCCUGCACCAUCCGCCCACGGCGCAAGCUAGCACAAGCACCCCCACAACGCUGCGACCUGACGCCGUGGGAUGUCCGUUUACUCUUCCUCCGUUACAGUCAGAAGGGCCUCCUCUUCCACAGACCCUACCCACCAGACGGUCAGGAAGAAGAGCCCAUCUCCAACAUCAUCGAACGGCUCAAACACGCCCUUUCUCACGUGCUGGUCCACUUCUACCCUCUCGCCGGUCGCUUCGUAUUCGAAAACGACGCCUCUUCUUCUUCUUCUUCUUCUUCCCAUGUUUAUAUAGACUGUAAUGAUGCUGGGGCCGAAUUCAUCCACGCCUUUGCUGACAUCAGCGUGACCGACGUCCUUGCCCCGGUUGACGUCCACCCCAUUCUCCAAUCCUUCUUCCCCCUAAACGGCGCCGUCAACUGCGACGGAAGCUCGCUGCCUUUGGUUGCAUUGCAGCUAACGGAGCUGACGGACGGCUUCUUCCUUGCCUGCUCCUUCAACCACGUGUUCGGCGACGGCAGUUCCUUCUGGCAUUUCUUCAAAUCCUGGUCUGAGAUUUACAAAUCGAAUAUCUCGGGAGAAAAUGAACCUCUCGUCGAUAUCUCACGCCCUCCAGUCAUCCACCGCUGGUUUCCUUCGAGAAACCCACCUCCCGUAUCCCUUCCAUUUUCCAGCGUGGAUGAAUAUAUCGAGAGACAUUCGUUCCCGCGUAUCCGUCAGAGGUUCUUCGAUCUCACAGGAGAGUCGAUCGCGCGAUUGAAAGCAAAAGCCAACCAGGAGUACAAGACGGACCGAAUCUCGUGCUUCCAGGCCUUAUCUGCACACGUGUGGAUAUCCAUAACACGUGCGAGGGCCUUGCCCGCAGAUCAGCUGACAGUAUUUGGGUGUCCCAUCGAUAACAGAUCAAGAUUGCAACCACCCCUGUCACGUGACUACCUGGGCAACUGUACUCAGAUCGCAGUAGCGAUAGUAAAUGCAGGCGAGCUGCUGGCCAACGGUUUGGGAUGGGCCGCGUGGCAGCUGCACCAGUGCGUGGCGGAGCACAACGAUGAUGUGAUCCGCAGCACGUAUGCGGGGUUGGGGAGAGAAUUUGUAUUGCCGAGCAAGCUUGACAACCGCAAUGUUGGUGCGUCGAGCUCCCCCAGGUUCGACCUGUACGGUGUUGAUUUCGGUUGGGAGAAGGCCGUGGCCGUACGGAGUGGCUGGGAUAAUAAGUUCGAUGGGAUGGUGUUGUUUUUUCCAGGGAGGGAAGGUGGAGGGAGCAUGGACCUUGAGCUGUGUCUUGCGCCGGAGGUGAUGUGCGCGCUUGAGUCGGACAAGGAGUUCAUGAAUCUCGUUUCUCCUUUUCUUCUGAAAGAGUAG